AUGGCUGGCAAAAAGAAAAUUGAAUUAUUUAUAAACAUUCACAAUGAAAAGGAAUUCGAAACCGUGAUAAAGCAUAAUAUGGAACUACUGAUUUGUGCAGAGAUAUACAGCUAUGCAUUCGGCUCGUGUACAGCUCUGGACAAACUCUUCACUACCAUGAAGUUGGAUUGGAGUAACGGCAAACUUAUAUUGCUUAAAGUGCCUGCAGACGAAAUAGAAGCUCUGAAAAGGUUUAAGGACCACAGUGAACCAGUCUACAUAUUCAUUUUGAACGGCAAAGUAACAAAAGUAUUUCGUGGCGUGGACUCAGUGAGAUUCGCAGAGGUGGCGAAAAAGGAGUUGAGUUACCAUCGUCAACUGGUGACGUUAGACCGGCCAGUCUAUGAACUGGAUGAACCUACCCCGGAUGAAAUGGAAUGGAUGUUAGCAACAGAAUCUGAGAAGCAGCAAGAGAUGACGUCACUCCUCGCGCGGCGGUCAGCGAGACAAGCGGUGCGCAAGCGUCACCGCGCCACGCUGAUGGUGCCGUAUCUAACUGAUGUGAACUUCGUGCUGUUUUGGCCGCAUUGCUUCCAUGCUCAUCCAGAGUUGUAUGAGCAGUGGGAUGCUAACAAUAUAAUAAUGGUUGGCCGAGAAGAAGUAGAGAUGACAGAAGAGAAGAUUGCAGACAUAUUCUACGCGGGAGACGCUCCGUUGAACGAGGCAUCACUUCAUAAGCUAAUGUCUGGUCGCGCCUUAGCUAUAUGCUUUCGACUGUUGGAUCCUGAGGACCAUUUCGUGUCGCUUGUACGUCGAAUUCUUUACGAAGAAGAACCACCUUGGGAUGAAGGGAAAUCUAUGGCAUCAUUAACAACUGCUUACGACCGCUACAAGACGUACAGUCCCACUAGAGAAGAAUUUAAUGAACAGCGCAGGAAAGAACAAGCAUUGCAAAAGGAAGAACAAAGAGAGAAGCAAGCGAAUUUCCUAUCCGAAACCCGUCGUUUGGCUCGACUAGCUAAGGAAGAGGCUUUGGAAGCUAAGAGAAAGGAGAAGGAACAACGAAAAUUAGACUUGUUAAAAGCAGGUGACUUAUCUGCUUUAGAAAAACUGAAACAGGAGCCUGAUGAUGAACUAUCAGACGAGGAAGAACCUGAAGUAACAGUUGAGGAGGAAGAAGAAGAAAGUAUUAUAGAGGAGGAGCCAGAGGAGUACUUGCCUCCACCAGGGUUACUCAUACCUGGCUUCUACGCACCGCCGAAUGAUAUCGCCAAAUCGAAUGGACUGGCUGUGUUGUUCCCAAAGUUGGUUCUUGAGCGCGUGACUCCUCAACCCGAGUUCCUGCCAAAACAUGUACUUGUGUUGCUGGAGAUCAGCAAACGACACAAGGCUAUAGAAGCCAUCAAGCCUUUCAAACAUGCUGUCAUACAUAUGGGAAUAUUCAAAGCGUCAUCGCCAUACAAAAGUGUUCACAUUGCUUACUCGGUGAAACAAUAUGAUACUUUAGAUAGCAGUUCGACGAAUUUGGAUCAAGUGAAACUAGCAUUCAUGUUGUCCGUAGUAGUAGAUGUGCCGUUACUACAUCUUAUGGACUUGAACCCACUACACGUCAGUCGCGACUGUUCUAUUGGCGAAGAAGAAUGCGCUGCUAUGUUCCCCGUGGAUUAUGGGGACGAAUAUCCCCAGUUUGAGGACUUUGAAGACAUUGAAUAACGAACAAUCACUGUUUUAUGGUAUCAAGGCCUUUUCUUUCAAAGACUAGCUCCCGUGCGCGUUUUCUCUCUCGAAGAAAGAACUACUUCGCACACCCAGAUAAAAAGCCUGUAGCCUUUCGAUAAAUGGAUCCAAUUCAGACUUGAGAUUAGUGCGUUCAUACAAACAAACUCUUAAGCUGUAUAAUAUUAAAUAUACUGGCACGUAAAGACGGUGUCCCCGAAUGCUACUUAGUAGCAGUUGUUGUUGCAAAUUCAAGUCAGAAGCUGUCAGGCGGAUUUGAAAAAACUCUCAUGCUAGGGUUUGUCAGGUGGUUAAACCUGCAACUCACUUGAUAAGAAGAAAAAUACAGAUAAUAUCGUAGUUUUUUAAGUCAAUGGUGUCUACGAAGGAUGGUAUUAGAAAAUACUUUUCAAGUUUACAAAUAUGGUUAUGUUUAGAAGUACUACGUGCUUCGUAAUUAGACUACGUACUUAGGUACUCAAAAAGCGGGAUCAUUAGCCUCUGACUCACCACAACUUCAAGAUGUAUAAUGAUUUUUCUGUUUUUUCUUACCCGGAUAAAAUAUAGCCUUCCUCCCGUGUCUGGACAAGUUACUGAGUACCCGGACAAAAUAUAGCCUUCUUACCGUUACCGGACGAAUAUGUGGAAUGCCUAUGUUACUCAGGGAUAGUCGUUUUCAA